GUCACUUUUGUUUUUGAGCAAUUUUCCGUAUUUGUAAUCAAAUCGUAAACAAUUUAUUUAAGUGUAAGGAAUAAUAUAAGUGUAAUGUGACUUGUUAUCACGAUAAUCUUUUCUUUAUUAGAGAAAAGUUGAUUGUUAAAAAUGGGUAAUCAACUUGUGGGUAUAGCCCCAUCUCAAAUUUACCCAGUUGAAAGGUACCUCAGUGGACAUCCGGAACUUAAAUUUGACCUUAGCUUGGGAAGUACAAGAUUCCUAAAAGUAGCCAGGGCUGAAUGUCAGGAGGGUCUUAUAGUAGUCAAAGUCUUUGCCAUUCAUGAUCCUUCACUGCCUUUAGCAACAUACAAAGACCAUUUAGAAGACAUAAGACAAAAGCUUUCAUCUGCUGUCAACUGUAUUCCAUAUCAAAGAAUACUACUAACUGACACAGCAGGUUUAAUCAUGAGAGAAUUUGUUAAGUACACUUUAUAUGACCGUAUCAGCACUAGACCUUUCUUGACCACCAUUGAAAAAAAAUGGAUUACAUUUCAAAUUCUGUAUGCCUUACAUCAAUGCCAUAGAGUUGGUGUAUGCCAUGGUGAUAUAAAACUGGAAAACAUAACUGUAACAUCAUGGAAUUGGGUUUUGUUGGUUGAUUUUGCUUCCUUUAAACCCACUUUUCUACCUGAGGAUAACCCUUCAGACUACUCAUAUUUUUUUGAUACAUCUCGUAGAAGGACUUGCUAUAUAGCCCCAGAACGCUUCACUAGAACUACUCAUGUUGCAGCAAGUGAACAUAGUGCAUUAAUAACUGAAGCCACUUGUGAUUCUGGCAGCUUGACACCAGCCAUGGACAUUUUUUCAGCUGGCUGUGCUCUUUUGGAACUAUGGAAUGAACUACAUGUUCCUUUUGAAUACUCCCAGUUAUUGGCAUACAGAGAAGGUAUUUAUCUACCCCAAAAACAUUUGGACAAAUUGGAAGAUCCCAAUUUAAGAAACCUAAUCUCAAGCAUGAUAGAUAAAGAUCCAUCUAAAAGAAAAACAGCUGAGGAUUAUUUGGCACAAGAAAGAGGCAAAUUAUUCCCAGAAUAUUUCUACUCUUUUCUUCAAUCCUAUAUGCUAAUAUUCUCCUCUUCCCCAAUAUUAUCACCUGAUGAAAAAAUUAUAAGACUCAAAAACGAUAUUGGAAACAUUUUCAAGUUUCUUGGACCAGCAGUUUAUGUUGAAGAUGAAGAUGAAAAAGGGAGCAGUGAUGAAUCAGAAAAAGGCGAAUGUGAGGGACUAGUAAUUAUCACCUCACUAGUGACUUCUUGUAUCAGAGGGUUAUAUGAUUGUUCUUCUAAAUUGCAUAGCUUAGAAAUAUUGUUGGAAUUGGCAUCUCAUGCUAGUGAUGAGACCAUUUUAGACAGAAUACUGCCUUAUAUUAUGUAUUUGGCAUCCGUGGACAGCAAUGCAAUAGUAAAAAUAAGUGCAAUAAACACAAUAACAAAAUGUCUGAAUCUCGUCAGAAAAGUCCCGCGAUCUGACGCGAAUAUAUUUCCUGAAUAUAUUUUACCCAGUUUGGCACCCCUGGCCACAGAUCCCAGCAUUUCUGUCAGGGCUGCCUAUGCUAGAAACAUAGCCCCCUUAGCUGAAAUAGCUUUAAGAUAUUUGGAACAAGUUUUAAAUGACUGGUAUGAUAAUAAUACCAAGCAGAACAAAGAAGGGCAAACUUUUAAUUAUGAACAAGAAUUGCAAGCUUUGCAUGAAAUGGUACAACAAUCUGUCUCUGCAUUACUCACUGAUACUCAAAGCAUAGUAAAACAAACUUUAUUGCACAGCGGUAUCACUCGAUUAUGCGUAUUUUUCGGCAAACAAAAAACUAACGACGUACUGUUAUCCCAUGUUAUAACAUUCUUAAAUGAUAAGGAAGACAAAGAACUCAGAGAAGCGUUUUACGACUGCAUAGUAGGCCUGGCUGCCUACUCAGGUUUUGCUUGCGUCACCGUCUUAACCCCACUUUUACUCCAAGGUUUAACUGACACAUCGGAGUUGGUCAUACGCAAAAGUAUCAAUGCCAUGUCCGACCUGACGCGCAUUGGUCUGAUCAGCAAACACGCCCUCUGCGAUUUGGUGUCGGAGUGCGCGUGCUACCUAGUGCACCCUAAUCUAUGGGUAAGACAGGCUACCGCAGGGUUUAUAUCGGCAGCUGCAAAUGCGAUGUCGUUUUUAGACGUUCAAGUUAAAAUUAUGAAACAUAUCAAGAUGUACAUGAAGCAUCAGGCUAUGCAAGUAGAGAAGCCAGAACUGGUUCUGGAUUGUUUAGCAACUCCUAUUCCACGAUUGGUUUACGAUAAUAUUAUUCAGUAUCAAGAUAUUGAUUCGGUUUUUAAGUUAAUGCAUGAUAAUAGGAAUUUUAGGGAAUGUGUUAAAUCCGGGAAAGUACCUAUUUCUGAUGUUAAUAGGGAAAGUACACAAGCUUUAAAACAGUUGUUUAGAAGAUUGGAAGCAAAUGGUUUGACAGAAGAAAUGGGAGAGUACCUAAUAAAAAUGGAAAAUCACUUGAAAAAAAUACACAAAUUAAAAAGCAACGCCGAAGCUCGUCAAAAUAGGCAGAACGAGGGAAAAAUCGAGUUAUUCUCACCUAACACCACUGUGAAAGGUCACGUAAUGUUCUUGGGAGAGACACCAAAGGCUGAAUACUUACAAAACCGUACUUUACAUCGUACAAACACCGCUGUGUCUAUGGAGACCAACAUCAACUCGGAUUGGAACUACAGUUCAGAUGUUUUAAACCGCCAAUCGGACGGCACUAAUUCCGGAGGACCGCCUUCUAGAUCGACAUCGAGUAGACCGUCGUCGCCGCCUCCAGAUGCGCAUGCGCAGUUCGCCAGCGCCGAUCCCUCCACCAAUAUAAGUUUGCACGAGAGAUCCUACAUACAGUUUGUAAAACUUGGUUCUUACAAGUCAAAAAAUAUUGCAGAUAGGAGAUCUAGUUGCUAUGUGGAGUUAGCAAACCUAAAAGGAAGACAGCAAGAUCAUUACUAUGAAGCAAUGAGGAACCGUGAGUUUGAGGAGCAAGCCCGCUUCUUUCCGUCUCUUCCGCCUCCCGGCUGGCACCUGAAGGGCGUCCUUGCAGCACACCUGCACGAGCACAGGGGCGCCGUGACAAAAUUGUGCACCGUGCCCGACACCCCGUACUUCGGGAGCUGCGCGAACGACGGCACUGUGCGUCUGUGGGACUGCGGCAAAAUGGAGGGCAGAAAUAUCGCGAACAGGUCAAAGCAACUGUACAAGUUUCCCCGGCAGAACACCAAGGUGGUUGGUAUGACUGUGUGCGACGCUGGACAAUCGUUUGGGGCUAUUGGAAACGAUGGCACGGUGCAGGUGUUGAGAAUCGAUAAUGGGAGUAACAAGAUGACUGUGGUAAAUACUCGCCAGCUGAACGACAGAGAGGACGGCUACGCAACCGAUGUGCACUGCAUCGAUUCCGGAUCCCAAAGCGUUUUGGUGUACUCUACCCUGUUCGGUUCCGUGUACGGAUGGGAUCUGCGAUCAGGCACCACCGCGUGGAAACUAAAGAACGACAUCAAAAACGACAUCACCAGCUUUUGCAUUGAUCCCAAACACAACUGGCUGUGCAUGGGGACAAUAACGGGCAAUUUUAUCACGUGGGAUCUGAGAUUUAGGUUGCCUAUCAGCACUAUAGAGCAAGAUUCAGCAGGAGUGAGAAUAAGGAAGGUUAUCUGUCAUCCCACUGAAAAGUCCUGGAUAAUAUCCAGUGUUCAAGGUAAUAAUGAAGUUUCAAUGUGGAAUCUGGAAACCAGUUUUAGACAAAGGGUUUUAUGGGGAAGUACUACUCCACCACUGUCUAAAUCUACACAGGGUUCUCCACACAGCGUCUGUGCACUUUUAGCCGGAUGCAUAGACAAAUCUCCCUUCCUGUUGGCCGGCGGCACCGAUCAAAGGGUGCGUUUCUGGGACCUGGCCGGUCCUUCCGACUCAUAUCUGGCCAUCCCAGCGGCCAGCGACCCGCCAGGCGUUUCGCUGACCUACGAAACUCGGCUCAUAGAUGGCACGCAAGUCAUCUUUGAAAAUUGCAACGUCAGGGUUAAGGAUAAGGACGAAGAAGGCCGUACGUACAGGGCCGGACCGGACCCGCCCGCGGUGGGACACCGGGACUCUGUCACGGAUAUGGUUUUGUGCAAGGCGUCGCAAUGUUUUUUGGUUUCAUCGUCGAGAGAUGGGGUCAUCAAGGUUUGGAAGUAAUGUGUUUUAAUUUAAUUUUUUUAUUGUUAGGGUAUGUGUAAAACACAAUGCGUAUAUAUUUAUGCAAUUUGUAUAUAUUUAUGAAGUAAACGACUA